CAGUGUGCACCAUGCUGCACUGGCUUCUGCUGCUCGCCCUGCUGCUGGGGUCUGCCCUCCCACAGCCUGUGCACCAGAGGGUCAGCUACUCGGUCCCUGAGGACUUCUCUGCUCCCUUGGAGCUUCCGCAGAAGCACUUUGGCUUGGUGGAUGAUUACGGCAUCAAACCCAAGCAGCCACGCUUCCCAACCCGGGCGGCCCGGGAGCGGCCGGCGGUGCUGCGCAGAGCUGGCAAAAGCAAGCGCGAUGGUCUUGACUUGCUGGAGUACUACGAUGAUGCCCAGCUGUGAGCCAGUGUGUCCCCGUGCCCACCACAGCCCCACAGCUGCUGUGUCAUCAUACUGCAAGAGAUUGACUCUGCCACUGCAAUUAAAAGUCACCCCAGAUGGAUGUGAUGGGAAGCUGUGCCAUGGUCACAAGGAGGAGAUGCUGUCACCCCAGCCUGCAGCUGGAAAGGGCAGGAGCAUGCUACUGCCCCCCCAACUGCUCACAAGCAGGGCACCCAGCAGGUGCUUCUCCAAUAGAAUAAACUAAGAGUAUUUUGUACAAUAAA